UUUUGUUCCGAGUUCCGACAUAACUGCCCUCUGUUGUCCGAAUUCCUCCCACGAGUUGUAAAGAGAAAAUAUCCAAACGAUAUAGAGAUUUUUACCGUUCUGCGGUUCGCCGGUGAGUCGCAAUUUCUCGAAUUUCGUAUCGAAGUUUGCGUCUUUGAUCUUAAUCCGAAGAAAAUAGAUUCUUACUUGUUAAUCAAAGACGAUAGUUAAAGAGACUUCAAUGGCGAGCCAAGGAAUGGUGUCUCUCACUAAGUCUCUAUGCAUUAUGACUCCAAAAGUCCGCCUCAAGAACACAAAGACGACAAAGAACCUAAUCACACGGUCUUGUAAUCUCCGUGUCUUAUGUUCAAAGCUGUCUCAAUGGGAACAAGCACCUUUUAUUCAUGAUUCUACAGAAGAAGCUGGUGGUGGUAUAGUAUUGGAGAAAACCAAGAACGUGUUCGAGUCUAUCGUAUCCGAGACUGAAGCGGAGGAGCAGAAAAUUCAGGUUUUUAAAUGGCCAAUAUGGCUUUUAGGUCCAUCUGUUCUACUCACAAGUGGUAUGGCACCUACUCUAUGGCUUCCAUUGUCAUCGGUUUACGUCGGUUCAAAAGUGGUUAGCGUGCUUUCAUUAAUCGGUUUAGAUUGCAUUUUCAACCUCGGAGCAACCCUUUUCUUGCUAAUGGCUGAUUCUGGCGCACGUCCUAAAGAUCCAUCACAACCCUGCAAGAGCCAACCACCGUUUAGCUACAAAUUUUGGAACGUUUUUGCGCUCGUAACCGGGUUUCUCAUACCGACGCUACUUCUGCUCGGAUCCCAAACCGGUUUACUCGCUUCUCUCCAACCGGAGCUUCCUUUCUUGUCUGUGGCUGUUCUCCUCUUCCCUUACUUCAUCCUCCUCGCGGUUCAGACAUUAACAGAGAUCCUCACGUGGAGCUGGCAAUCACCGGUUUGGCUAGUGACACCGGUUGUCUACGAGGCUUACAGAGUUUUGCAACUUAUGAGAGGGUUGAAACUAAGCGCAGAGGUUAACGCACCGGUUUGGGUGGUUCAUAUGAUUCGUGGGCUAGUCUCUUGGUGGGUGUUGAUCUUGGGGAUGCAACUCAUGAGAGUUGCUUGGUUUGCUGGUUUUGCAUCUAGAACAACAACAACAACUCAGCAACCAGAAUCUGUUGCUUCAGAGUAAAGACAGUUUCUUUCGUUUACCUUUGAAGCUAGUCCUCCUAUCAGGAAAAAAAAGAAAGAUUUGUAACUACUGUAUGUGUAGCUAUUAUUGUUGGUGACUAUAACAAAAACAUAUUUCUUUAUAUUCAUAUUAUUAAUUUGUACAUUA